CUUCCAUACAAGUAUUCUCUCUCCCUACAAACAUAUAAACCCACUUUCACUUCUUCAUUCGGUUCCAACACUCUAACCUAAAGGGCAAGAUUUAUCGAAAUGGAGAAGCUAAACUCGAAGCUGUACGUGCAAAACUGUUAUAUAAUCAAGGAGAACGAAAGGUUGAGGAAGAAAGCUCAGAUUCUGAACCAGGAGAAUCAACAACUUCUCUUGGAACUCAAACAGAAGCUCUCCAAAACCAAGAACCCUAAUGGAUCCAAUCAAGGAAGCAACAACAACCUAUCUUCAUCAAGCUCUGCCUCUGGACAAUCUUGAUGCAACAAAAAUCUUAGGACAAGAUUUGGAUUGGGUAGACUGAAACAUCAUCAUAACCCUGCUUAAUUAGAAGAACCCAUCUUUUUUUAUCUUUUUUGGUGUAAUCUAAGAAAAUAGUUAAGACUUAAGAGUAGUGGUUAGUAACUUAGUAGUAGUAUUAUAAAUCAUCAAGUAGUUUUGUUGUUGUUUUAUCUUUAUUUUAAAAUUGUGGGUUAUUCUAAUUUAUUAACUACAAAAAGGACAUAAGCAA